AUGAUUGAGCACGGUGUUGUUAGCACUCCUGUUGAUACUGUCGUCAGUGUGUCGGCAGAGAGAAUGGGCGCGCGCGGUACAAUAAGCGGCCCAGAACUUCUGGAGAUUUGUUCCGACAUACUAUCGUACACCUCAUUGCAGAAUUCUGCAAUAGGUGAACCCCAAAUUGCCAUUCCUGGAGAAUUACUAGGACGCUCUCAUUGUUUUGAUCAGAGUCCUGGAAUUUCAUGCUCGGAUAGGUAG